CGCGCGCGCCCGGGCCCCUCGGAGCUGCGAGCGCGGCGGCGCGCGCCGGUAGUGUUCCCGCGGCCGCGGUCCCGUGCGGGGCAUGGAGCGGAUCCCGGCGCUGGGCCUGGGCACCUGGCAGGCGGCUCCAGGGGAAGUGACAGAGGCAGUGAAAUUGGCCAUCGACGCGGGAUAUCGGCACUUCGACUGCGCCUACUUAUACCACAACGAGAGUGAGAUUGGAGCCGGGAUCCAGUGCAAAAUCAAGGAGGGUGUGGUGAAGCGGGAGGACCUGUUUAUCGUCAGUAAGCUCUGGUGCACCAGCCAUGAGAAGUCCCUGGUGAAAGCAGCGUGCACCAAGAGUCUGAGGGCCUUGAAGCUGGAUUACCUGGACCUCUACCUCAUACACUGGCCCAUGGGUUUCAAGCCCGGGGUGGAAGACAUGCCUUUGGACCCCAGCGGCAUGGUGAUACCCAGUGACACCGACUUCCUGGACACGUGGGAGGCCAUGGAGGACCUGGUGGUCAUGGGGCUGGUGAAAGCCAUCGGGGUGUCCAACUUCAACCACGAGCAGCUGGAGAGACUUUUGAACAAACCCAGCUUGAGAUUCAGGCCAGUGACUAACCAGAUUGAGUGCCACCCGUAUCUGACCCAGAAGGACCUGAUCCGUUUCUGCCAGUCCAGAGACGUGUCCGUGACUGCGUACCGGCCCCUCGGCGGUUCCAGUGAGGGGAUGGACCUGAUGAAUGACCCCGUGAUUCAGAGGGUGGCCCAGAAGUACAACAAGUCUCCGGCCCAGAUUUUGCUCCGAUUUCAGAUCCAGAGGAAUGUGAUCGUGAUCCCCAAAUCAGUCAACCCAAAGCGGAUUCUUGAGAAUAUCCAGGUGUUUGACUUUGAACUAUCAGAACAGGAUAUGAACGACAUCCUCGGCCUGGACAGGAACUUCCGAAUGUGCCGGCUACCCAUAGCUGUGAACCACAAGGACUAUCCUUUCAACUUAGACUACUGAGCCUGGCUCCCCCCUUCCUCCUCCUGCCGCCUGGACGGACACCCCCAGCUCCCACCCGGCCCGCCUCGGCACCGGGCGGCCAGGGAGGGGAGGGUUGGGGUUUGACUUGGUGGAGUCCCGCCUGGAACAGAAGCUGAGCUCCCUGAGAAAUUCACACGGUUCAGCUGGUCUCCGUGACAGAGACAAACACCACGGGAGCGAUGAUUACUCUCUGUGGAGAACCUCCGUCCUCAGAAUCCUUUGAGCACAGUGUGAGGGGGUUUUUACGAGACAAGCCAAGUGGCCUGUACUCUCGAACAAAAGAUUGUGUGGUGGAAAUACUCAAAUACAAGAGUUGAGAUCA